CUGUGUGGCAGCAUGUCUACCAAGCAGUCCGAGGAUGAUGCACCCAGGGACAUGAGUGACGAGAGCCCAAACAGUGGACUCAUGGUGAGGAUCAGGCAAUUCAAGCCCAAGGAAUUUUUCACCUGUCAAUUGGCCAAGACGUUGGCCAUGGGUCAGGGUCUGGCUGGACUCAUCUGUGGGACGGCCAUCAGCUCCCAGUACCUGGCCUCAAGCUUCCACGUGAACACACCCAUGCUGCAGAGCUUCUUCUGCUACGCCCUGCUGUGUGUCACCUACACCCCCAUGCUGCUCUGCAGAACAGGGGAUGGCAAUAUUUUACAGAUACUGAAGAGAAGAUGGUGGAAGUAUCUUCUGCUGGGCUUGGUGGACGUGGAGGCCAACUACGCCGUGGUUAAAGCGUACCAAUACACCACCCUCACCAGUGUUCAGCUGCUGGACUGCUUUGUGGUCCCGGUCCUGAUGAUCCUGUCCUGGUGGGUUCUGAAGUCACGAUACAGUCUGGUCCACUACGUAGCUGUCUGCAUCUGUCUCCUCGGGGUAGGGGCCAUGGUGGGGGCCGACCUGCUAGCUGGACGAGACCAGGGCUCCACCUCAAACAUCCUGCUAGGUGACGGUCUGGUGCUGCUCAGUGCUUCGCUGUACGCCGUGUCUAAUGUGUGUCAGGAGUACACGGUGAAGAAUCUCAGCAGGGUGGAGUUCCUGGGCAUGGUCGGCCUGUUCGGCACCAUCAUCAGCACCGUGCAGAUGGUGAUCCUGGAACGUAAUGAAGUAGCUACCAUCAAGUGGAGCUGGCAAGUUGGGCUCCUGUUCUCUGCCUAUGGGCUGUGCAUGUAUGCUCUGUACAGCUGUAUGCCCAUAGUGGUGAAGCUGAGCAGCGCCACCGCCGUGAACCUCUCCCUGCUUACCGCCGACCUCUUCAGCCUCUUCUGCGGGAUCCUCCUCUUCCAGUACAAUUUCUCUGGGCUCUACCUGGUCUCGCUGGUGAUCAUCCUCAUUGGAUUCAUCACCUUCAACGCCGUACCAACACCCACGGACCACACAGACCCCGCCGCCUCCUCGUCCUCCUGCAUCUGUGAGGAUGGUGUAAAUGACAUCACCAAGCAGGAGGUGGCUGUGAGGAUCACCACUGAGGAAGAGGAGCAGCAGUGCCGUGAAGAGAAAGAGGAAGGGAGAUGGAAGGAAGAGAAGAGAAGGAGAGGGAAGAAGAAGAGAGCUUCAGGAUCAUCACAGAGCCUCGGACGAGGGAGCGGUGAUAAGGAUGUUGUUUCUGUUGGACGCAGCACUAAAAUGUGAAAAACUUUCAAUGUCAUUUUUCAACACUUAUUUAUUUAUUGAGUUUUGCAUCUGUACAUAUGAUAAUGAUUCUCACUUAAUCAGGAUAUAAAGAAGCACCAGCAGAUGUACUGCAAAGUUGACCUGUGUGGCAAAUGUUUGUGUUCCUCAUUUUGCCAGGUACUUCAACUGCAACAAAACUGUGAUACAGAAUUAUUUCUUGACCCAAUAAUGAAAAAGAACAAAACAAAAGUAAGCCUAACCCAAGCCUUAACCUCACCCUAACCUUAAACCAAGUCUCCACCCUGAAAUGUAAUAAUUUACUAUUGGGGACAUGCACACGUAGUCCCCAUUUUGUCCCCAAAAGGAAGGCGAGUCCCCACAUUGUGAUCGCAUAAACAGAUGUAUGUCCCCACAAGCCUGGUAAAACAGGCCUACACACUAACAUACACACACACACAAAUACUUAUUAUGUCACUUCGCCAAUUCAGGUGUUACAACAAAUUGAUAAUGAUUGUGAAAAUAAGGGUUUUGAUAACAAUAUUAAUAUGACUUUAACAGCUUACAAGAAACCUA